UAUCACACACAGUAGGUUAUGCACUGAGAGGAAUCAGCAUGGAUGAGCUCGAUUCGCUGUUAGAGGAACUGUCCUUGACUUUGGUGGGUACAGACAAUGUGCAUGGGAGCGGCACUGCUGCUACAGAGAGACCAGGUACAGAUGGUCAAAACAGAAAAGGAGGGAGCACAGUCUCUUCAGAUGUCUACAGUGAUCUGUCACCUCCAGUGGCAGCUUGCCAAACGCCGGACUCACCAACUCUGGAACUGGAAUCCAUCCUGGAAGAUAUGAUGAGUCUUGGACAGGAGGACCCAGCAUCUUCAGCAACACCCCCACCACUGACACAGAAGCAGUCUGUGAAAAGAAAAGAAGACAGAGGCCAGGGCAACGAGGAAGGCAGCAACUCACAUACAAAAGCCUCAAACCAGAGAAAAACAACAGACACAAUAGAUGAUCUGCUCGGAGGCCUGAGCUCUGACUUGGAAAAAAUCGGUGUACGGACCACAACUAAGGGCAACUGUGCCUCCUGCAACAAAUGCAUUGUGGGAAAGAUGAUCACAGCUUUGGGUGAAGUGUGGCACCCGGAGCACUUUGUGUGUGUGGUGUGUAAGCUGGAGCUGAGCACCACAGGCUUCUUUGAGAGAGACGGACAGCCAUACUGUGACAAAGACUACCACGAGCUCUUCUCUCCACGCUGUGCUUACUGCAAGGGGGUCAUUCUGCAGAAUAUCCUGACAGCCUUGGACCAGACCUGGCAUCCAGAACAUUUCUUCUGUGCACACUGUGGACACCUGUUUGGAGCAGAAGGUUUCCUGGAGAAGGAUGGGAAACCGUAUUGUUGCAAGGACUUCUAUCACCUCUUUGCCCCUAAAUGCACCGGCUGUGGGGAGCCUGUGAGGGAGAACUACCUGACUGCCGCUAAUGGCACCUGGCAUCCAGAGUGCUUCGUCUGUGCUGACUGUCUGCAGCCUUUCACUGACGGCUGUUUUAUGGAGCUGGCAGGUCGACCCCUCUGCUCGCUGCACUUCCACUCCAGGCAGGGCACUCUCUGUGGCGGCUGCAGCAAGCCAAUCACAGGGCGCUGCAUAUCUGCGCUUAACCGCAAGUUUCAUCCCGAACACUUCGUGUGCGCUUUCUGUCUGCGGCAACUCAGCCAAGGCAUCUUCAAGGAGCAGCAAGGAAAGCCAUAUUGUUCAACCUGUUUCAGCAAGCUCUUUGUGUGACACUUUUUCAUCAAGUGAAUGACAGGAUGCAGUCAAAAUUAUUCAAAUACUGCAUUACUGUAUGGUUUUCGGGCUAUAAUUACCAUCACAAUUGUCUAAAUAUCAAUACUAUAUAUGCAUGAGACAAUUGUGCUUCGCUAUUCUGUGAACUCAAUGUAUAUGUGAUGAAAAGCAUGUAAGAAAGACAGAGGUAUAACAUGUUAUUAGUAAUAUAUGGAAACAUCAAAGUAAAGUCUUAGCACAGGAAAAAUAAUUGGAUGGUUGUAAAACUACAUUUCCUAUGAUAAAUGGUUUGCAGAAAGUUUUUACACGUGUGAACUUUGGAUGUUUCUAAAAGGUGUGCUGCUGACACUUGCUCGACAUUUUAUGAGAUUUCAUACAUCAUGAUCACAUAAAAUGUAUAAAUGGAGAAAGAAAAACAGAAAUUCUUUUUCAUGCAUGGUUUCCAUUAAGCUAUCCUCAGUUUGCCGUGAGACUUGGCAGUUCAGAGAUACUCUCUCACAGCAUGGAGCAGUUUGUCAGGCAGCUUGUCUAUGUGGUCUGAUAGCUUGUAUUGGCAGUGGCUGGCAUGGAAUCGGCAUGCCAGCCCAAGUUUCCUCUUACUCUGGCUGACCACUUGGCCCCUGGCACGAACAAACGUCAGACAAACUCUUUACUCUUUACACAGGCCCCUUUAUGGUGGUAUAGGGAAGAUUAAUGAAGGCAGUCAGGUAAACAAAGGUAGUUUCAAAAGGAGCUCCUUCACGUCACUGAAUCUCUUCAGAGACUCACUGACUGUUGAGGGAUGAGAGAACUAUAACUGUGGUUUUGUUGUAGAAGACAAAAAAUAUUUAGUAAAUUUAUCUUGUGUGGUCUGCCUCUCUUCACUUUACGCUACGACAUGAAUGCGAUGUGUGCAACACAGUAUAGUUCUAAUGAUGGGAAAAUGUAUUAAAUGGAAAUGUGACAUUUUGUUCUGAGUUCUGCAAAAUGAAAUAGCUAAAAGUCAUUCAUUGCAUUAACUCAGGCAAAGUUUCCUAAAUAUAAUUAAAUGCAGCAUGAAUUUUAAUUCAGUAUGGUUCCUUUCUUGGAGAUUGAAAUGCAUACAUAAACCCUGACAUUUUUUUUUUAAAAGGACCUUUUUUCCUUUUUGUACAUCUUGAACAGUAUGUCAUUUUAUAAAAACAAGACAAACACCGAAAACAAUUAUUGCCAAAAAACAAGGACAAAAACAUUAAGGCAUCUUGACAUUGAAUUUAUUCAUUCAUUUUCCCAGCCGCUUGUCCGUUUCAGGGUCGCUGGGGGCUGGAGCCAGUCCCAGCUUCAUAUGGGUGACUUCGGGGUACACCCUGGACAGUUCGCCACUGUUGCAGGACUGAAAUUGAGUUUUGAAAGUGACAAUAAAUUUCUUAUUAUACUGUGUAACUUCUGUCAAACAGUGAGCUUAAUAACAAUUUUAAAAAUGUCAAAAGUAUGAAGUGUCUUCUAUCAUCAUUUAUUCUUGCUAAUUUGAGCAUUUUAUCUUUGUAUAUUGGCUUCUUUUUGAGGGGUCUCUAAACAGCUUUCUUCGUUCCUUCUUAAGUCAACCUCUUAGGUUUGCUGAGUGAAGUUAGUGUGUGAGUGGGAAAGGAGGUGGACAUUAAUCAUCCUGUCAACACGGCCAUGCCAGGCCUCUCUGGCCUCUGCUGACUGUGGACCUUGCAUCACUGAACAAGUGUGAACGUAUCAUGUUCAGUCAAAUUUAAAAUCCAUGAUCAUGAAGUGCUUGUUGAUCUGACAGAUGUGAGCCCAGACUUCCUCUGAACUGAAAUACUUAUGAUAAUAUAUGAAAUAAUGAUAAAUAAAUAAUAGAUAAACACAUGGGAGAGACCUGAAAGUUGUAUGUGCACCAGUAUGACCACCAUUUGCAUCAUGCAAUCAUGCAGUGCAACACAUUUCCUCCUUAUUUGAUUAGGUUGAGAAUAAAUGGCCACAAAAAUGGGCCUCAGGAUAUCGUGGCUCCAUGCAUUCAAAAUAGCAUCAAUAAAUUUCAUCAGUCUUUGUUGUAGAUAACAAAGCCUACCCAUGCCGUGUACAUAUAUAUGUAUAUGUAUAUGUAUAUGUAUAUAUUAGUGCUGUCAAUUUUAAUCGCGAUUAAUCCAUUGAGGUCUGCCAAUUGGGU